AGUGGGAAAAUUGUGACAGCUAUUGAGAUAAAGAAAUUAUGUGUCGAUUGGUUUAGCAAUCAAUGGAUAGAAAUAUUCAACACGGUGAGUAGUUGGGAUUUGAAAAACAAACAAGUUGACCAAAUGACCCUAAGUCAAUUCAUGCUAUAUAUCCUUUCUCCAAUUUAUUAUUAUUAAAUUAAUUAAUUAACUUUACAAACAGAGUGCUAGCUUUUCAAUCUUUCAAAGCUAAUAUAAGGCCAUUCCCAUAAUAAUCUUACAAAAAGUGAAGAAGAAAAUGAAGAGUGUGUUCUUGUUAUUUUUUGUUUUAGUUGAAGUAAUAUGUUGUGAAGGUUGUUGGAAGCAAGAGAGAGAAACACUAAUGAGUCUUAAUUCUCGUUUGGGAAAUGGUCUGUCGUCUUGGGUAGAUAACACUGAUUGUUGUCAAUGGGUAGGAGUUGAAUGCAACACCACCACUGGAAGAAUUGCUAAAAUCACACUUCAAUCCUAUAUUGGACCUCCAUGGCAUCUAAACUACUCUGAUUUUCUUAUCUUCAAAGAUUUGAAGAUUCUCGACCUUUCAUCUACUCGAUUAUCCAAUUGUACAAGAGUUGCUCAAGGGUUGAAAAAUCUGGAAGUCAUAAACUUGGGUAGUAAUAAUAAUUUGGAUAAUGCUACCACCAUCCUGUCUUGUUUAGAUGGACUUUCAUCUCUCAAGUCUCUAUCGUUGUCCGGGAACUUGUUCGAUACGACUUCUUCCCAAAUUUUUCAGAUAGUUUUGGAGAAACUUUCAUCAAAGUUGUUGCAUCUUGAGGUGCUUGACAUAGGUUACAACAAUUUGACUAAUGAAAUCCUGCCAUCACUUAGGGGGUUCAGAUCUUUGAAGGAAUUGCAUAUGCCUGGCAUUGGAUUAGACUCGGAUCUUCACAUUCAAGGAUUAUGCGCCGUGUUGAAGAAUGUAGAGAUACUUGACAUCUCUUACAACAACUUCAAUGACACUGAUAUUGCAUCUCCUCUCAGUGAGCUUUCUUCCCUCAAGAAGUUAAAUCUACAAGGGAGUGAAAUUACUCAGAGAUCUAUUCAUAAUAUAUCAAAAUUAAGGUCUUUGGAGAUCCUUGACUUGGCUGAGAACAAUUUGAACUUAUGGCCUCGAGAGAAUCAUGGAUUUGCAUGGCCAGCAAGUUUACAACAUCUUGUGUUAAGGGCAAACAGUUUGAAUAACAAUAUUCUUUAUUCCCUAAACGGUCUUACACGUCUCGAAUCUCUUGACUUAAGUAUCAACAACUUGAAAGGAUCACUCGAUAUUUGUGGAAUGUCGACUUUAACCAGCUUGAAGAUUCUCGAUUUUAGAAGGAUAAUAGACUGAUCAAAAUGGUUUAUGUGGAAUCGGAGUGACCAUCUAUGACCAGCAAUAUGUAUGUGGUACAAGUUGUAGGUUAAGCUUGACACUUACAACCGUGUUCAAAUCCCAGAUCUUAGUGUGUACUACAUGAGUUUCACUGUUAUUCGGUUUUGGAGGUCCGAGACAAAUAAUAAAAAAAUAUAAUCUUUUUUUACAAAGAAA